UAUACUUUGCUCUUGGGAAAAUCCAAUAUAAUGUACAAACGGGGAAUAAAUGCCCUUUAAGCGGCCUGAAUAUUCGCCGCAGUCUGUCGCCCCAACAUUCCAGGAUUAAUGCCGCUUCAAUGUGAUCUUGAUUGAAAAAUGUUCCAUUAUCGUGGAGAAAUAAAGACUCAAGUCACAACUGAAACAUGAAAUUCAAUUAAAGUGAAGAAAAAAAAUAAUUGGAUUUGAAAGACGGAUUGUCAGUGCGGUUUUUGUUGGAAUCAUUGGAACAAAAAGUUGUAACACUUGAAAAUUAGAGAUUACGGACAUGACAAACCACUGCACGGAGUUUGCAAUCAACGAAUUCCAGCUAGAGAAAAUCGGUCUUAACCAUGAAAACCCACAUGUUUUUGUCACUCCACAGUGGCCCGUCAGUCAAAAGGUGUACGUCAUUUACCGGAUCUUUGUCGCACUGGCUUUCAUCGUAUGGUUCGCAGCAGAUUGUAUUUAUGAGACUCGAACCUUCUUUAAAGAACAUACAUAUACUUACUUGAUAUACGCAACCAAUUGGAGCUUCCUACUGUUGACCUUGACGGCUCUUUAUAAAGCCACAUGCGCAAUUUAUUAUUCUAUGCGAUCGGGGGAAUGUCUAGAUCGACAGAGUUUUGAUAGAAUGCCUACAGCAUUGAAAGGGCAGUGGUUACUUCAAAACUUGAGUUAUAACUCAGCUAUUGUUGUAACAGCUUCGUUCUGGUCGUACAUAGGAGUCCUUGAAAACUCAGAAAAAUUCCAAGAUGAUUAUCUUAAAACUGUAAUGCAGACACACAUGAGCCAAAUGAAACAUACACUGAACACCGUCUACGUCAUCGUCGAUGUCCUCAUUACUGCCACACCAUUCCGGAUAUUGCAUCUACUGUAUACGGUUGUUCUCGGCUCCGUCUACUCUUUGUUCAACGCCAUCUACUUCCUGAAUGAUGGUACAAUAAUGGAGGGCCGCCAUUACGCAUACAAUCUUUUAGAUUGGAGUAAGCCAUCGGAAUCUAUCGUUACAUGUGUUUUAUGUGUAGUAAUGUGUAUAUUCGCACAGAUAGUCCUGUAUGAAAUAUAUAAAAUCAGAUUCAGUAUUUUUACAAGAAUAUAUUUUGGACCAGAUGGUAAGCCGGAUUCCGAGAUGCAAAGAAUAAUGGGGGAAAUGGAGGCACCAGCUUAUCAAACAAUUGAUGACCGAGGAGAAAGUGAAAGCGGGCAUCAGCAUACUGAAAAUGAACCACAUUAACCACGACUGGGUAGAUAAAUAACUUCAGCAUUUCUACCAUGAAAAUGUUCAGUUCAAUGAUUUACUAAAGGUCUGAAUGUAAACUACAAUAGUGAAGAGAAGAUAUUUCAAAUUUGUCUCUGGUACAUGUUUUGAUUUGUGUAAAAAUGUUAGCCAUAUUACACUAUAGUAGCAUUAGAGUUAAACUGCCAUGUGUGUGUUAAUGUCUUUGAAAAGUAUAAUGAUCAAAGCUUCUAUUACUAGUAUAACUUUAAUCUUUGAAAUUAAGUUUUAUUGAAUGUAGCUAAGAAAUUGAAAUAUGAUUGGUAUUUUUCGGAAUAUACAUGUAAUAACUACUGAAAUUGUUACUCUUUUAAGCCAUCUUUAACUAAACACUUUUAGUGGAAUAAUUUACAGAUUUUCACGCAUUUUUGUCGUUGUUAUCGUAAUGUAUUAAAUGUCUCUUUAUAAAGUUAAUUGGAUAAAUGUUAUAUAAUCUUUAACAAAACACACUUUUAUUAAAUAGAUAGUGUGAUAGUGCUAAAGCAAUAUUUCAAAAUCUCUUGAAUUUUAUAAACAAUAUUUAUCACAUCUUUGACUUAGUUAUUUGUUCUUGAAAUGUUAUUAUAUUGAAAUUGUUACUUAAUACUAGUAUAGUUUUUAGCUUUAUUUGUAUAAAUGUAUGUAUGUUAACCAAAGAAAAAUAAUGUGUUACCUGUUUAUUAUAUAUAUGUUUACUGAAAUGUUUCAAA